UUAUGCUGUCUCCUACGGUGCGCGAAUUUCUGCUCCAAUAAUAUCUAUCGGAUAAAUUCUCCUAGACAUUGAGGUAAGAUAAUUUGCAGAAGCCUUUUGCGUGAGUAAUAAGCAAUAUUUUCCUCUCAUCAGCAUCGAAAAGACAAGACCUGUGGAUUCCGGUGUCUCCCACUCACACGAACCAGUGCGCUAAAACUCAGCGGAGCGUAAACACACACUCACACAGGUGUACAUAAAUCUUGACACGUCGUUCUAUGAGCGUCCCACGCGGCAUUCGCACACAUCGAAGAGGCAUUUUAAACAUUUGUUAAAAAAACGAGGCGCAGGAGGGGGAGUCUGUUGAUUCGUGCAAUUGCGUGAAGUGAGAAAAUGCCUGUGUAGAGGCCUCACUUACGUGUUGAGUUUCCACUCAGUGCUCGUAGAGAAUGAAAAAAUACAAUAAGUAGUUAUGGUAGGGAUGGAAUAAUCCAAAAGGGAGUAGGAGAGAUGGAAUUGACGGGGACCUGGUGCAUCUCUCGGUACUUGUUAUCCCCCCGAUUCAAAUGUGUUUGAGAGGUAGGCGCCUUUACUACUUGCAGGCGGGCCGCGAACUGUGCCACAACGAAUCGCGAUACCACACCGUCAACAUCGAAACAAGUUAACACAAAUUACGGUAAUUCCAUUCGAUUUCACUGCAAUCCUCCGAAAAUUUAUUAUUUACAUUCAACCAAUUGCCCGCAAGAAUCUGAAUAUUAAAAUAUUCAAAGUGACUCUAUCAGCUAUUUUGUCUACAUUUUGUAAUAUUUACAAAGGAUUUGAAAAAUAUUUAGUGAACUCGAGUGACAAGUGAAAAAUUAACGAAUCAUUUUUACGUCUCGGCGUAAUCAAUAAACCAGUGAUGGGUAUUAAAAAAGGUGGAAAAAAAAAGAUAACGAAAGAGGGAAAUGAGGCUGUGACGACCUCGUCGACGACCUCGACGGAGGUCUCGGGUACGAGUGAGACAACAGUGACAACCUCGCGAAUUGUUGCCGAGGCGAGUACAAGUGCUGAGACAGAGAGCCGCAGUAGUACGAAAGAAAUCACAUCUGGCUCGCGUGAGGUAAUAAUGGAUUCACGGGGUAAUAUAAUUAAAGUGAUAGAGACCCCGGGUCCGACAAUCAGACAGGGAAAGUCGUCGACAAAGGGUGCAGUUGCAUCGGAGGAUUUUAUUAGGGGUGAACAGAGCCAUAUGAUGAUUGAAAAAACACGUCCAGAAAUUACACAUAUAAUUACGAGUGAUGCAAUGCAAAAGGAAGACGUGGGAUCCGACAGCUUUAUGACAUCAUCAUCUGUGGUGAGCUCUUCGUCCUUCAUUGAGGAGUCAUCGAGUACAUCAGUGGGGAAUAAUCCACCGGAAGUUCACAGAAAAUCCACGGAAUCGAGCCAAUCGUCAAAAACAUUGUCCGAGGGAGUCAGUAGAAAUGGACAGUUGUACACAGACACAGUGAGAAUAGACGAGUCGGCGGAUCGGCUGAAUGUAGAUGGAAACGUGAUGGCGACUCGUGGAAAAAAUGUCCAGAGUAAAACCACUGUGGAACCAUUGGGGAAGCCUCACGUGACGUUCACCGAUGACACGAAAACGACCAAGUGCCUUCCGCGAUCCAAACCCGGUCAGUCUACGUGGGACGGAAGUUUCACAUACGAGAGACCAAUCACUCCGGACUCAUCGAAAACAUCGCAAUUUACAGGUCACCAGGAGAAUGUCAGAACCUCCUCCGAGCAGUCCUCAUCCUUUGAGGAAGUAAAAACAUCAUCCGAAUUAACGUCCACCGAUAAAUCAUCCCAGGAUCACGUCACUCGUCUCUCGAAAGCGCAUAAAUCGAAGGAAAUGACGAAACGAACGAACGAGCCAACGAAAAUUCGCCCAUCAGGAAGUACUGAUGUUGAAAUAAAGGAUAUGUCGGAGGAGCAUAACAUCGUGGAAUCAACAUCCUCUUAUAUCGUCGAGUACAAAGACUCCUCAGACGGCAGAAGAGUUGAGAGAGUGUCGACGGUAUCAACGACAAUUCAAGAAGAGGAGCCGUCAUCUCCACGGAGUACAUCGACACCGAUUCGCACGGGUAGUCCAGAGAAACAUCAGUUCAGACCAGGUGAGUCCACAUGGGAUGGAAGCUUUACCUUUGAGAAGCCCCUGACCUCCUCGACCCCUCGCGCCACCGACAAAAGACAUCGAAAAAUGAAUGUCGACAUUCGUGAUGUAACUGAUGACAAUACGAUAAAUGAGGCAGAUGUCUCAACAACUUCAUACGUCGUCGAGACGUCAGCCAGUGAGAGCAGCUUCUCAGAUAUCAGAGACAAUUCGACAAUCAGGAGGAAUGAACAGGCAAGGACAUUGAGUCCGAUUCCUGGGGCCAGAAGACCCCCAGGAGCCAAUGAAGUCAUCAACGAAUCGUUUAUUGUCGAGCAGUCGCGCGUCCACGAGAGCUACUCAGAUUCCUCGAACAUCGAUCUGUCGACAACAGCUGUCGAGACGAUGAUUAUCGUCGAUGGGAAGCCUGUGAGCAGAUCGGUGGAUUAUAAAGUUGGUUCAUCCGGGUUAGUUGACACUGGAAUAAGGGAGACUACGGAGGAACGAAGUGGAAGACCUUGCAAGCCGGGGGCUUCUGCGUGGGACGGAUCUUUCGUGUAUGAGAAGACUUCGGAGCCUGUCGGGAGGGACUCCCUGGCAAGAGAUACUGUCAAACAGACAGCAUUAACUGACUCGGUAACAGAUACUGGCGUGUCCAGCAGCACCAAAUUCAUCAAUGUGGAAUCCACUUCAGCGACUGAUUCCAAGAUCUACGACUCUUCCAACUAUUCUACGACAGUGACUCAUCCUGUGAGGGGCGAAAGACGUCCUCAAAGUCCAGAGAAAAUCACUGGAAGAUCUCCCAGUCCAGGGGACAGAGCAUGUCGUCCUACGAAGCCAGGUUCUUCGACCUGGGACGGCUCCUUCAUUUAUGAGAAACCUCAACAGCCGAAGAAGCCCGCGGAUACUUUAAAAGAUGUACUUCAGCAUCCCACAGAUGUCAGGCGUCCAGGACAAGUUAAUGAUCAGAAAACCGAGAAAACUAAUAUGUCAACUACUAAAUUCAUCAAUAUUGAAUCAACAUCGACGGCUGAGUCACAGAUAUUUGACUCUUCAGAUGUUUCCACAACAGUCUCCCACAAGGUGAAGGACACCAGGCGUCCGCAGAGCCCUGACAAAAUCAUUGGUCGUCCAUCAAGCCCUGAGAAAAGGUCUCCAAGUCCAGGGGACAGAGCAGCUCGUCCUACGAAGCCGGGAUCUUCAACCUGGGAUGGUUCAUUUACUUAUGAGAAACCUCAGCAACCGAAGAAGCCUGCGGAUACUCUCAAAGAUGUACUUCAGCAUCCCACAGAUGUCAGGCGUCCAGGACCAGCUAGUGAUCAGCGAACAGAGAAAACUAAUAUUUCAACUACUAAAUUAAUUAAUGUUGAAUCAACAUCGGCCUCGGAGUCCCAGGUAUUUGACUCGUCAGACGUUUCAACAACAGUGAUUCAUGCUGUGAGAGAUAGCAGAUAUACUCAGAGCCCAGAAAAAAUAACAGGAAGGCCACCAAGUCCUGAGAAGAGAUCUCCAAGCCCAGGUGAUAAAUCGUGUCGUCCUACGAAACCUGGAUCCUCAACCUGGGACGGUUCAUUCAUUUAUGAGAAACCCCAACAGCCGAAAAAACCUAUAGAUACUCUCAAAGAUGUCAUCCAGCAUCCUAAGGAUGUAUCCAAACGGCCUGAGCAACGUCCAGUGUCAAUUACUGAUCAAAGAACAGAGAAAACUGAUUUUUCAACCACAGUGUCGAAGUCAAUCAAUGUAGAAUCAACUUUGACCGAAGAUUCUCAGGUAGUCGACUCGCAGAGCUACUCCAGUACACUUGUUCAUGAUGUAAGAGACGUUAAAGCCCAGACACCUGAAAAAACACCUCGUGGGCCUUCAAGUCCAACUGAAAAAACGAUACGUCCUACGAAGCCUGGAGCUUCCACUUGGGAUGGUUCGUUCAUUUGUGAAAAGCCUGAACAGCCUAAAAAACCGAUUGAUAAGCCUCAGCAGCCGAAGGGUUCUACCGCAUAUCCAGAGCAGCCUCGAGAACCAAUUACAGAUCGUAGAGCUGACAGUACUGACGUUUCCACGCAAUUCAUCAAUGUGGAAUCAUCAUCAACAAGUGAUUCAACGAUUGUCGGCUCCUCAAACUACUCAACAACUAUUUUCCAUGAUGUAAAGGGCACCCAACGAACUCAAAGCACCGAAAAGAUAGCUGGGAGGCCGAAGAGCCCAGAGAGGAGAUCUCCAAGUCCAGGGGACAGAGCUUCCCGCCCUACGAAGCCGGGUUCUUCUACUUGGGACGGUUCCUUCACUUACGAGAAGCCUCAGCAACCGAAGAAACCGGUAGAUACUCUGAAAGAUGUCAUUCAGCACCCUAAGGAUGCAUCAAAGCGUCCAGACCAACGUCCCGGAGCAAUUACUGAUCGAAAAACCAACAAAAUUGAUGUUUCAACCACUAAAUUCAUCAAUGUAGAGUCAACAUCGACGAUUGAUUCGAAGAUAGUUGACACUUCAGACAUUUCGACCACCAUUGUUCAUGAUGUGAAGGACACCAGACGUCCACAGAGCCCUGAAAAGAUAACUGGAAAACCAUCGAGUCCUGGGAAAAGAUCUCCAAGUCCUAGUGACAGAGUAUGUCGUCCUACGAAGCCGGGCUCUUCCACCUGGGAUGGUUCAUUCACGUAUGAAAAGCCUCCGCAAUCGAAAAAACCUGCGGAUACCCUGAAAGAUGUCCUUCAGCAUCCUAAAGAUGUGAAGCGCCCACACCAACGGCCCGAGCCAAUUACUGAUCGGAAAACAAACAAAAUUGAUGACUUAACCACUAAAUUCAUCAAUAUAGAGUCAACAUCGACGAUUGAUUCGAAGAUAGUUGACACUUCAGACAUUUCGACCACCAUUGUUCAUGAUGUGAAGGACACCAGACGUCCUCAGAGCCCUGAAAAAAAACCUGGAAAACCAUUGACUCCUGAGAAGAGAUCUCCAAGUCCAUGUGACAGAGCAUUGCGCCCUACGAAGCCCGGAUCUUCAACCUGGGACGGUUCUUUCACUUACGAGAAACCUAAAGAACCCAAAUCACCAAAGGAUGCUUCGAGGCCAGAGGAUCAACGUCCGGUGUCCAUUAAGGAUCUGAAGACUGGGACAACUGAUAUCUCCACGACAACAUCGAAAUUCAUCAAUGUCGAGGCGUCUUCCACAAUUGAUUCUGAGACAAUAGAUUCAUCAAACGUCACCACAACAAUUUCUCCUGGAAGAAAACCUGAGGGUCCAGAGAAGAUAGCUCGAGGUCCUAGAGACAGACCUCACAGCCCCGAAAAGGGAGUGGUCAGACCGAGUCUAGCGAAAACUCCUUCGAGUCCCACAGAUCGCUCCGCACGUCCGAUGAAACCCGGAUCAUCAACCUGGGACGGCUCCUUCACUUAUGAGAAACCCAAAGAGCCUAAGAAACCCGCAGAAAAAACAAAACCUGGCGACAAAAAACCUUCGGACCGGGAUAAGCCCAGGAAACCUGAUAGAGAGCUACAACCGGUACCAUCUGACUCCACAGUCAGGAGUUUUAUUUCUAAAAAUGAUGUGGAUACAACGUUUGUUACUGAAGUAGUUCAACAGUCGUUUGUCAUUGAGAAGUCCUCGAGUAGAACGGAUAUUAUCAAGGAAAACUAUAUCACAGAAAUUGAGGAUGUGAGAGACGUGAGAGAUGUUAUCGAGACGUCGACAAAAGACGUUAGCAACCAGGAACAGGUGACUAGCAUGGUAUCACACAAUGUUAUCGACCAUACGCACAUCGAGAAGAUCGAUGGACCAAUGGGUCCCGAGGAUUCCCCCAAGAAGGUUACACCCGAUCGCCCUGGCUACCCCCGAGGCAUCCCCGGUCUUCGAGAAGAGGACAAACCGAAACCAGUGCCUGCAGCAGGCAAACCAAGUCGUCCUCGUCAACCCGAGGAUACACGAAGGUCCCCAGACAGUAGACCAAAGUCGCCGGAGAAGCCGGGGGAUCACGUAACACCGGGUAAACCGAAGAAGCCUGAUGAGAGGCCAAAGUCACCGAGUAAAUCCCGACCAGCAGCCGGAAAGCCGAGCAGAAGUCCUGAUAAGGAGAAAGUCCCUGAGAAAAAGCCUAAACGAGGGGAUCAGUCACCUGAUUCACUUGAUGGUGACGCAGCACCGAAAACACCACUCCCCGUUGAUGUUCUCAAAGAAAUUCCCCUGAAGGAGCAGUGCAUCUGCGAACUGUGCACUUGUGGGCGCCAUCGAUGUCCUCAUAAUGCACCGGAGGACCACCUGGACAUCCCCCACGAGCCACUUGACGUGGUCACGUCUUACCGUCAAGAAUAUGACGAGAAGCACGUGGAUCGUCAGGUGAAAUUCCAUCAUGAAGAUCAUCUUCAUAUGGAGGGUGACUUCACCGGGGAACGAAGAACUGAUUACGUAGUGACACGAGGAGAACGAGCACCGGUUAGGAAACCUCAGGACAAUCUGAGAACUGAAGGAGAUUUCGAGAGUGUGACAACAACGGAGCUUGUCUUCACCGGAAAACCUGGUGAGCGUCCAAGCCCGGUACGUCGCAAUACCUAUACCAAGCUCGAGGGUGAUUUCACAAACGAAACAACAACACGCACUGAAUUUAUCGAUCAUCGAACAGUGGAACGCGCUGAAAUCAUUCGCAGAGUGGAUAACCUUACUGUGGGAGAGGGUGAAUUUACGGGAACCUCUCAUACAAAAGAGGACUUCCACACUUACGACGUAGUGGAACUGGAUCGUCCCACUCAACGUCGUCCAUCUGUAGAUAAAACCGAUCGUUUCUGGAGUCAGACAGACAUCGUGAACACCACGACAAAUCAUGAGGAAUUUAGAACCUUCGACGAGACAGAUUACAGGACAACUGUGAUUCUCAGGAGAGAAGAUAAUCUACGCCCUGAGGGGCCGUUCGAGGGUCGCCCUAAGGAUGAUUACACACCUGGACGAUUAGAUCGUCCACAGCCAAUUCGUCCGAUCGAUAAUUUGAAGACUGAAGGGCCUUUUGAAGGCCGUCCAAAGGAUGAUUUUACCCCUAAACGUGGGGAGAGACCUGAGGUGAAGCGGCCUGAGGAUAAUUUGAAGCUCGAGGGAGACUUCACGGACAGAGAAAGAAAGCCUUAUAAACCUGCCGAGAAGCGAACGCCGAUUAAACACCCAGAUAAUUUGAAGACUGAAGGUGAUUUUGAAAGACCAGAAGAAACUCCUUAUGGUCCUGGUGAACGAGCUCCGAUCGUUCGCCAUCCCGAUAAUUUAUUCCUUGAGGGAGAUUUUCCGGACAGGGAACAAAAGCCCUUUAAACCAGCUGAAAGAAGGUCUCCAAUUAAACAUCCAGAUAAUCUUAAAACUGAGGGUGAUUUUGAGAGGCCUGAGCAUGAACAAUUCCGCCCUGCGGAGAGACCCACUCCAAAGAAGCCGCAGGAUAAUUUGAAAUCUGAAGGAGAGUUUGAGAGACCUAGCAAGACACCAGUCAAACCUGCAGAGAGAAGAACUCCUAUCAAACAUCCAGAUAAUCUCAAGCUUGAAGGUGAUUUCGAAAGACCCGAAGAGAUUCCUUAUGGUCCUGGUGAAAGAGCUCCGAUUGUACGUCAUCCGGAUAACCUAUUCCCCGAGGGAGAUUUUCCAGAUGUGGAGCAACAGCCAUACAAACCUGCUGAAAGACGGUCUCCAAUUAAACACCCAGAUAAUCUCAAAACUGAGGGUGAUUUUGAGAGUCGCAAAUAUGAUGAAUUCCGUCCUGCUGAGCGUCCAAUCCAGAAGAGGCCACAAGACAAUCUGGCUCCGGAGGGUGACAUUGAAAUCUGGCGUUCUCGAGAUGAUUUCGUUGAUUAUAAAGUUCGUGAACGUGUAGAAGUCACCAAGUUCGUUGAUAAUCUUCGAUUAGAAGGGGAAUUCACUGAUACACGAACGAGGGAUGAUUUCAAGGUUGUUCGAGGUGAAAGAGUUGAUAUCGUUCGUCACGAAGAUAAUUUAAAACCAGAAGGUCCCUUCGAAGGUCGUCCUAAGGAUGAUUACACACCCAAGAGAGCAGAUAGGCCGGAAAUCAAGAGGCCAGAGGACAAUUUAAAAUCUGAGGGUGAGUUUGAGCGGCCUGAGAAGAAACCGAUGGGUCCAUCAGAGCGCCGAACUCCGAUAAAACAUCCAGACAACCUCAAACUCGAAGGCGACUUUGUGAAGCGACCUAAGGAGGAAGCGCCGAAGAGGGGAGAUCGCGCUGACGUUAAGAAACCCCAAGAUAAUCUCAAAACAGAAGGGGACUUCGAACACCCUGUGCACACACCCGUUAAACCUGCUGAGAAGCGAACACCUAUCAAACAUCCAGAUAAUCUCAAACUUGAAGGUGAUUUUGAGAGGCCUGAGUACGAAGAAUUCCGCCCUGCUGAGAGACCUACUCCAAAGAAACCGCAGGACAAUUUGAAAACUGAAGGAGAGUUUGAAAGACCUUGCAAAACACCAGUGAAACCUGCAGAGCGAAGAACUCCUAUCAAGCAUCCGGAUAAUCUCAAAUCUGAGGGUGAUUUCGAGAGACCUGAGGAAAUCCCUUAUGGUCCUGGUGACAGAGCUCCGAUUGUUCGCCAUCCGGAUAACCUAUUCCUUGAGGGAGAUUUUCCAGAUAGAGAACAAAAGCCCUAUAAACCUGCUGAAAGACGGUCUCCAAUUAAACAUCCAGAUAAUCUCAAAUCUGAAGGUGAUUUUGAGAGGCGUGAGCCUGAACAAUAUCGCCCUGCCGAGAGACCUACUCCCAAGAAACCACAGGACAAUUUGAAAACUGAAGGGGAGUUUGAGAGACCGUGCAAAACACCAGUCAAACCUGCAGAGAGAAGAACUCCUAUCAAACAUCCAGAUAAUCUGAAAACUGAGGGCGAUUUCGAGAGACCUGAGGAAAUUCCUUAUGGUCCUGGUGAGAGAGCUCCGAUUGUUCGUCAUCCAGAUAAUUUAUUCCUUGAGGGAGAUUUUCCAGAUAGAGAGCACAAACCGUUCAAACCAGCUGAAAGGCGUACUCCCAUUAAACACCCUGAUAAUCUCAAAAAUGAAGGGGAAUUCGAGCGUCCUGAGCAUGAGGGCUAUCGCCCAGCGGAGAGACCCAUUCAAAAGAAACCUAAAGACAAUCUGAAGACUGAAGGGGACUUUGAGCGACCGGAAAAGAAAUCAUUUGGUCCUGGGGAACGUAGAACUCCAAUUAAGCAUCCUGACAAUCUCAAAUCUGAAGGGGACUUUGAAAGGCCACAGAAGAAGCCAGUUGGACCUGGAGAACGUAGAUCUCCUAUCAAACAUCCCGAUAAUUUGAAGUCUGAAGGGGACUUUGAACGCCCUGAGCAUGAGAGCUAUCGUCCAGCAGAGAGGCCCAUUCAGAAAAAGCCUAAAGACAAUCUUAAAACUGAGGGAGACUUCGACAGGCCUGUUAAAACACCGGUGAAACCAGGCGAGAAACGAAGUCCAAUAAAACACGAGGAUAAUCUUCACCUCGAGGGUGACUUUACUGGUCGUCCAAAGGAUGAUUUCUCACCGAAACGGGCAGAGCGUCCAAUUCAGAAGAAACCCAAGGACAACUUGAAAUCCGAAGGCCCCUUCGAGGGUCGGCCCAGAGACGACUUCAAACCAACAAGAGGAGAACGUUCGGAGAUAGUUAUUCAUAAAGACAACUUGAAGAUGGAGGGCGAAAUCGAUAUCCACAGGUCCAGAGAUGAUUAUAUAACAACAAAGAGAAUUGAACGUGUGAAUGUUAUCAAACGAGAAGAUAAUUUGAAAAUGGAAGGGGAAUUUACCGAUAUUCGCCGCAGAGAUGAUUACCACGUAACCCGAGGUGAACGUACAGAGAUAGUUCGUCAUGAGGACAAUCUGAAAUCAGAGGGUGAUUUCGAGAGACCCACAAAGUCUCCCACAGGUCCAGCAGAGAGAAGGCAGCCAAUUAGACAUCCAGACAAUCUGAAAUCUGAAGGGGACUUCGAGCGCCCCGAACACGAAUGCUAUCGUCCUGCAGAGAGGCCAAUUCAGAAAAAGCCUAAAGACAAUCUUAAAACUGAGGGAGACUUCGACAGGCCUGUUAAAACGCCGGUGAAACCAGGUGAGAAACGAAGUCCAAUAAAGCACGAGGAUAAUCUUCAUCUCGAGGGUGACUUUACUGGUCGUCCAAAGGAUGACUUCUCACCGAAACGGGCAGAGCGUCCAAUUCAAAAGAAACCCAAGGACAACUUGAAACCUGAAGGUCCUUUCGAGGGCCGGCCCAGGGACGACUUUAAACCAACAAGAGGUGAACGCUCCGAGAUAAUUGUUCACAAAGACAACUUGAAGAUGGAGGGUGAAAUUGAUAUCUACCGGUCUCGAGAUGAUUACACAACAAAAAAGAGAAUCGAACGGGUCGAUGUGAUCAGAAGAGAAGACAACUUGAAGAUGGAAGGGGAAUUCACUGAUAUCCGUCGUAGAGAUGAUUAUAAUGUGACUCGGGGUGAACGUACAGAGAUAGUGCGACAUGAAGACAACCUUAAAUCUGAGGGUGAGUUCGAGAGACCGACAAAAUCCCCGACAGGACCAGCAGAGAGGAGACAACCUAUCAAGCACCCGGACAAUCUCAAAUCCGAGGGUGACUUCGAACGUCCUGAGCACGAAAGCUAUCGUCCAGCAGAGAGGCCCACUCAGAAGAAGCCGAAAGACAAUCUCAAGGUCGAAGGUGACUUUGAGCGUCCCACUUGCAAGCCAGUCGGUCCUGGGGAGCGCAGAUCCCCAAUAAAGCACCCAGACAACCUGAAAACUGAAGGAGAUUUCGUCAAACGACCAAAUCCUGAAGCUCCAAAACGAGGAGAUCGUGCAGAGGUGAAGAAACCGAAAGACAAUCUCAAAACCGAAGGUGACUUCGAGCGCCCGGCUCCGGACAGAUACGGCCCAGGGGAACGAAGAACUCCCAUACGGCACCCUGACAACUUAAAAACUGAGGGUGACUUCCAAACACCCCAGAAACCUGGCUAUCAACCUGCGGAGCGUGUUUCGCCGAAGAAACCGAAGGACAAUCUCAAGUCAGAAGGUGAAUUCGAAAAACGAAUUCCGACGAAAUUCGGUCCAGCUGAGCGAAGGACUCCAAUAAGACACGAGGACAAUCUCCAUUCAGAAGGGGAUUAUCAUUUCACUCCACGUGAUGACUACACACCUAAACGAGGAGAUCGGGUUCCUAUUAAGAAGCCCCAGGAUAACCUCAGGUCUGAAGGAGAGAUGCAGAUCAGCCCAACGAGUCGAGAUGACUACGUUCGACGAGUGACCAAUGGAAAUAGAGUGGAAAUUAAGAGACACGAGGACAAUCUCCACAUGGAGGGAGAAAUGAACGUUCAUCGCUCGAGGGAUGACUACAAGAAGAUUACAAAAGUCGAAAGGACGGACAUUAGGAGACACGAGGAUAAUCUGAGACUUGAGGGAGAUUUUGUGGAUCAUCGUCGGAGGGAUGAUUACACAAAGGUGGUGUCACAGACGGGCCCUGGAGAGAGACGAUCACCAAUCAAGCCUGAUGACAAUCUAAAGCCUGAAGGUGACUUUGUCGCUCACCCCAAGGACGACUAUGUUCCCAAACGAUCUGAGAGAACAGAAGUAAUCAGACGAGAAGACAAUCUCAAGAUGACUGGUGAUUUCCAAGGUAUAACUUCCCAGAAGACCACUUACAAAGUCGUCAAGGGUGAGAGGGCAGAGAUUAAGCGACACGAGGAUAAUCUCCGAGUCAACUCCGGAACUAUGGACUGUAGAACCACCAGCUAUGACUCCUUCUCCCCUACCAAGAAGGAAAUGAGCCCUGCGGGGCCUGUCAACAGGCGCAGGCUCAUGGAGUCUACGAUCUCACUUGGAGAUGAGAGCAGCACUAUGACGACGACUAAUCAGAAGAAUUAUCAGACUUACACGAAGAAAACUGGCAAGGAUAUGGCUACGAGGAUGUCCCAGACACGUGAUAUUGAGAAUAGGAGAAAUGUCGAGUCUGAUACCAAGACUUUGGAUGAUGGAAGUAUCGUGAUGACGACGAGAAUGACAUCUACGACUGGUCAAAGAGUGUCUUCAUCAUCACAAGCAGCUCAUCACAGCAGUCAAACUCACAUCACAGAAGGUGGGAGGAGAUCAGUCUCCCCGAGAAGAUCAAUUUCAUCGAUUCCCGAGCACCAGCUGGUUCGCGACGAUUCGAGACACUCGUCAGACAGGCAUCUCUCCUCGCAUGACAUUCAGACACAGAGGACUGACAAGUCUCAGCAGCAGUCUUCCAGACGCGAUUACGUCAAUGCUCAUCACUCCGAGACACAUGUCAACAGCAGGCAUUUGUCCGAGCAGCACACGAAGUCGAGUCAGGCCAAGUAUAGCUCCAAUGGGCAAACAAGCUCGGAAUUUCGUCAGGCUAUGACUGGAGGUCAAUCCACAGAACGUGUCAUCGUCGACUCUGGCAAGUUCACACACCACAGGAAGAAUAUCAUCUCUUCGUCUUCCACUGACGUCAACAACUCGGUUCUUCAUAGAAAGGGAGUUGUAUCGUCUACUGAAGCACUUCAUACGAGUUCAUCGACAGCUGCUGAUCAGAAGAAGAGCAUUUCCAAUCUUGCUGAGUCAGGACAAUACAUCAGCAAUUCGUCCCAGAGCUCGGACAGAAAAAGUCUGACCUCUCUCCAUCGAAGCACGAAGGAUUACAAUCCCUAUGCGUCUUCGAGUUAUGAACGCCCACAGAGGAUCGUGAGGAAGGAUAAUUUGACUGUUGGGGGGAAAUUCUAUUCUAAUAGUGAAGCCAAGUCCACCUAUGGAAAUUUCUCGGGACAGAGGGUCGAGAGAGUGCACAGAUCUAUGAACGAGUCGCACAUCAGCCUGGGAGAGAGCUCACACAUGAACUCCAGCAUGUACAAGAGGGAGUUUGUACCCAGGGUCAAGGGGCCCUGUCCAGCGGCUCUACUGGAAGCUAAAAAGGCGCCUUUUAAACACACUAGAGACACUCCUAAACAUAAGUUUUAUAUGCCACUCGUGUCUAAUUAGGAAGAUUGUAGUUGCGACGAUGGAUUAUUCAUGUACUGUUUCAGGGGAAACUUUCGAGAACUGUUUACUUCUGCAUUAUUUGAAUUACAAAACCAUCUCCUGGAAUAGUAGCCAAAUUUAAAUUUCAUCUAUUAGGUUUCAACUUUUCUUUAAAGUUUUACGAUUUUUCAUGGCAAAAUUAUUAUUUUUUCUGUCAUUGGAUUCGUUCUUUUAUGAAAAGAGUCCAUCAGGAAUGUGACAUAAAAUUUAAUUAUCUAUUUUUUGAUGUUCUGAGACUGGUCUCAACUACUUGGUAACUAAGAACGUGUGAUUACGUUUUCUUCUCUUUUAUAUUGAUGCCAUAUUUUCUUUUAUACUCGCGAAAUAAAAAUGUUAGAAUGCUGAGGGUAAAGUGUGCAAUUAAUUGCGUUUUUCAAUGCUUCAAUUUGACGAUACAAAAGGUGAUAGGUCGAGCUUUGCUUGAUAGCGUUUUUAUCAAGUGGUUCCGCCAGAAUUUACGGUAUAUAUUGUUGCUUUUAUGAUAAUUAUUAUCAUAGGAACGUCCUGCAUUAUGAGUGCUGAGACAUUUGAAAGACACUAACAAGUUAUGAUUUUUUAUUAUAAUUAUAAUUAUCAUUUUUUAUCUUUUUUCUCUAAUUGCGAUAAUAAUUUUGUUCAGCUUGGGUUUUUUCUCUUUGUCAACAUGACAUAUUUAUUUUUCGUUAAUCCAACAGUUUAUUUUUUUUCUCAAAAUAUUUAAGAGCUUACGUUUUUUCCCAUUUAUACCUAUCAUCAUUUUCUUUUCAAUAAAGAUUUUUUUUGUCCACCA